GUCUAGGAGGCAUCGCGCCUUAUGGUAAUUGGGUGUUGGGGUAGUAGUAGAGGUAUUCCGGUAACACUUUGCAAUGCAUGAGAUCUCCUCUGCGGUGACGCCAUUCACAGACGCUUCCUCUACUAGCACACCAGAAAUUUGCGGCUCGCGUAGUAUUAAGGCAUAGCUGUAGUGAACAUUCAGAUGCACGGUCGAGGCAUCGUCGUGCAGUUUUCAUUUUUGCAUGGCAUGCUACCCUUUUAUGGCGGGUAUCUGUGUGAUUUCGUAUUCUCUCCGCGCUUGCUUUAAGAGCAGGAACAGCAAGAGGUACUUAGUGCGUCAACUGAUCCUGUAUUAUGCAGGUUGUAGAAUAAAGCUGACGCCCACGCCUUAAGCUGGAGCAGUUCUUGACUGCCCCCAGGUAGAAAAUCGCUUUAAAAGCACUCAUUUCUCUAACGUGAAUUAAGUUAGCAUCGGUCUAAAGUCUAACACAUCCUCGGUUUUAUCGCGUAAAGUUGUACAAUGCAUCGGUAUUUUUGCAUCACGACGUGUUCUCUGACUCGUGAGCAAUAUCAUAUAUUCAACCGGGGAAUCUAAUCGUCAAUUGUAGCGCAGUUUGGGGCUGUCAUUGAGCUUUGCGAACAUGUUAAGCGAUUUUGCAGUUUUGUAUUAGGACAAGCUGUGGUGCGCUCCUGCAGCUGCCACUCUUUACCGCUGCUCUUUUUUUUAUGCAUCGGCUGCGAACCGAGAAUAAGAGCAUCAUCUGCACCGUAUUCGCGCAUGCUUGCAAUGUUCACGACAGCUUCUUCAAAAUGCAGGGUCGUGUCGAUUAUCAGAACGUAAAGCGUUAAGUCAGAUGAAAGAACCGGGAGUAUCGCUUUCGUGUCAGGACGCUUAAUCGGACUCGUGAAUGUUUAGCUCCUUGAGCAGGGUCGUUUCCUCUCAGCGUUGUUCAGAUCCGGGGUGGUCGUCUCUGGGAAAUCUCGUCUCCUUCGAGCCAUCGGCUCUAGUUUGAUUUUCGAAAUUUUUGUGUUGUAUCUCACCAAGAUAUUCUCACUACGCCUUAUUUGCUUUGGAAGAAUCGAAAUGCCAUUAAGCUUGUCUUUUACUUAUCAUUUUUCGAUCGACUAAUAUUCUUACUGAGUACAGUUUUUUACUUUGAUUUAAACUGCGUCAGCAGAUAUAAAUUGCGUCAGCAGGCUUUUUCUCUCAUGCUAGCUCUAUGGCCUCUUCGCUUUACAUUUGUCAAUCAGCAAGAGAGCUAGUGAUCCAUCGCCGAAGGUCAGCCGAGGCGUUUGGUGAAGCUCGGCGGCUCUUUCUCUUUCAAUUAUUUUCAGGCGUGGUUUUUUUUCUUUUGUAUGUGAGCCGCAAAUUGGAGACAAAUAGUAUCUGAGAACAGCUAUGGCACAGUAAAGCAAACAGCAUCAACUUCUUCUACAUCUUCCCUCAUCAACAGCAACAACGUUGAGAAUAAUCUCCCAAUCCAGGCGAUCAUGAGACUGAGAGGUCGAACAAGGGAACUCUAAGGCGAUAACGUCGAACAGAAUGCAUUCAUGUGAGCCGCAAAUUUCGCAACGGGUUCUUUCAUUAAGAAAGACAGUGCUAAUUUCAUACUCCGAGGACGACAUUUCCGACGACGAGACUUCACGAUCCAGCAGACUUUGCCCAAAUGCUUUCCGAGACACGAAAUGUUUGAGGAAGCGGCAUUUUUCAGGAUGCUCAUUCAAAUAUCAAUAUGUAUUGAUCUUGCAUUAA